GCGGAAACAGUCAUGCUACCGCAGGUAGAUCGGCUCGAGGGUGAAUGAUAUGUGUGAAUAAUAUCCCACCGUGUUACCCUAAACAAAUAAUAAAACCCAAGAAUUACUACAAUGGAAUACAUAGGCAUGGGUGAUGCCCGUCAGUGUACGAAAAUAAUUGUUCAACUAUGCUUCAUCCUUUGUUACCUCAGCGCGAACGCCAAUGCCUUGGGCCCAGCAGCUCAAAUUCGUUGCGUGACAAUUGUGCAAUCGAAUGCAAACCCCUAUCGAAUUACUGAUGAGAAUGCCGUCUUGAAAGGGAUGAACCAGUCUACGACAAGCUGGUACCGUAGCAUCCGCUGGAACCAAGAUGUUGAAAAAGAUCUGAAGCUGACAUAUCGCAGGGAGGAAUACCGACAUAAUGGUCGCGAAGAGUGGUUUGACUUGAAGAACGAGGGUUCAGCUGAUCUGUGCAAUAUGAGAAUAGUAACGGAGUCUGGAUCCUGGAUUCACGUCAUUCGAGAAGCUCUCGGAAUAGCGGAGGGAUGUCCAGUACCAGCGGGCCAGGUCAAUGUCGAUGGAGGCUUCUUCAACGGCGUAAAAUGCAGAAGAAUUAACUUGGAUACCACUGAUCAAUGGUCAUCAAAUCCUAAACAAAGACUUUCCCUCCAAGUGAAAGACAGUAAUGGUAAUGAAGUACUCACAGGAGCACUUGACCUUUUCUCAGAUUCCGUUCUUUAAAUUUUCAUGUUUGUUGAUUCACUGAGUGUUCAACUCAAUCAAAUAAAAUGGACCUGUGGUCUCCAUGAUUAGCACAUUUUUAAUUAUUGCACCCU